AUAUGCGCUGUUUCCCUGCUGUCGUCACGACCAGACGCAGCGUCUGACGUCACUUCCAGCAGCAGCAAUGGCGGCUCCCGCAGAAAGCACGAGUAAAACGCCAACAAAUAAAAAACUGAAAAAAAGCAAAAACACAGAUGAGACUGAACUGCUGAUGGUCCCAGACGGCUGGAAGGAGCCCAAGUUCACUCCAGAAGACAAUCCCAAAGGUCUGCUGGAGGAGAGCAGUUUCGCCACACUUUUCCCAAAAUACAGAGAGGCGUAUCUGAAGGAGUGCUGGCCGCUGGUGCAGAAAGCUCUCGGAGGGGUUUUCAUCAAUGCCACACUGGACCUGAUUGAAGGCAGUAUGACAGUGAACACAACUAAGAAAACAUUUGAUCCCUAUUCCAUCCUCAGAGCCAGGGAUCUCAUCAAGUUACUGGCUAGAAGUGUGCCGUUUGAACAGGCUGUUAGGAUUCUUGAAGAUGACAUGGCAUGUGACAUUAUUAAAAUUGGGACUCUUGUGCGAAACAGAGAGCGUUUUGUGAAGAGGCGACAGAGAUUGAUCGGCCCCAAAGGCUCCACGCUGAAGGCUCUCGAGCUGCUGACCAACUGUUACGUGAUGGUUCAGGGAAACACGGUUUCUGCUCUCGGCCCGUACAGCGGUCUCAAGGAGGUUCGGAAAGUGGUGCUGGACACAAUGAAGAACAUCCACCCCAUUUACAACAUCAAGACGCUGAUGAUCAAGCGGGAGCUGGCGAGCGACCCCGAGCUGCGCACUCAGAGCUGGGAGAGAUUCCUGCCCAACUUCAGACAUAAGAGUCUCUCCAAACGCAAGCAGCCCAAGAAGAAGAUGGUGAAGAAGUUGUACACGCCGUUCCCCCCGCCGCAGCCCGAGAGCAAGAUUGAUAAGGAGCUGGCGACCGGCGAGUUCUUCCUGCGCGAGAGCGAGAAGAGACGCCAGAAGAUGAAUCAAAUUAAGGCCAAACAGGCUGAAGCUUUAUCCAAGAGACAAGAGCAGCGGCAGAAAGCUUUCAUUCCUCCGAAAGAGAAGCCGGCUGUGAAGAAGAGCAAACCAGCAACUGCCGAAAAUAAAAUUGACAUUCAAGCCAUUAAAGAAAAGGUGAAGAAAGCGAAAAGUAAAAAGCUGGGAGCUCCUCCUGUUAACCCCGUGAUGCCUUCAGCGAAAGACGGCAAGCGGAAGAAAGUGAAGAGCUGAAGAUCUGGAGAAACACACUCAGAUCUUCACUGGAGCAGCAGCUUGUGUAAUAUUGUGUUUAUUAGUCAAUGUGUUUAUAUAAAAGAUGCUUGCUUGCAGAUUUUACAAAGCCUGAAUCAUUUAUUAGACUUUAGUUUGAAGGAGACGAGGAAUAAGAGACGUCAGGUGUUUUUGAUAAAGAUGUACUUUGUGACAUGUUUUUAUUGCAUUUUUUAUUUAUAUGACAAUAAUGCUAAUGAAAUGCACCAUACAGUCAUUUAAACUUGUACUUAUUUACAAAAAAAUAAAUAAAAAAAACACACAAAACAUGUCUA